CUGUCCCUCUUGCCCAUGGAACCAGCUCUGGGGCCUGGGGUCCAGAAGGACCUGGGCUACCUGCAGCAGUGGCUGAAGGCCUUUGUGGGUGCCUUCGAGAAGAGCAUCUCACUAUCCUCUCUGGAGCCACGCAGGCCGGAGGAGGCAGGUGUGGAGGUGCCGCUGCUACCCCUGGAUGCGCUGCUUGUGCUGGCCAAGCAGCUGGACGAGGGGGACCUGGAGCAAGCCCUGCUGCUGCUCAAGCUCUUCAUCAUUCUCUGCAGGAACCCAGAGAAUGUAGAGGCAGGCUGGGGCCAGGUGCUGGUGCCCCGAGUGCUGGCAUUGCUGACCUGGUUGGUGGCUGAGCUGAAAGGACCCCCAUCACUGCAGGAGGGCUGUGGGCCCCAGCUGGAAAACAUAGCCCUUCAUGCCUUGCUUCUCUGUGAAGGCCUCUUUGACCCCUACCAAACCUGGCGACGCCAGCACAGUGGGGAAGUCAUCAGCUCCAAGGAGAAGAGCAAAUACAAGUUCCCUCCUGCUGCUUUGCCCUGUGAAUUCAGCGCCUUCUUACGAGAGAGCCUGCAGGAUGCAGAUCGCUUGCCUUCCACGCUGCUGCUGCGUCUCAUUCACCUCUUUGGUGCUGUCCUUGCGGGAGGGAAGGAGAACGGGCAGAAGGCUGUGAGUGCUGGCUCUGUGCAGGGCCUGCUGGGUGUGGUACGGGGCUGGGGCCACCGGCCAGCCCAGGACCCCCGCCUAGUGCCGCUGGCACUGGAGGCGCUGGUGGGUGCGGUACAUGUCCUGCACACCAGCCGCACACCUCCCCGGGGGCCAGAGCUCCGAGCCCUACUUGAAGGCUACUUCCGUGUCCUUAAUACCGACUGGCCAGCUGGGCCAAGUCCAGGCCCCGAAGAGGCUCUUGUCACCCUGCGGGUCAGCAUGCUUGACGCCAUCCCCACGAUGCUGACAUGCGAGGACCGUCCAGUGCUGCAGGCCACCUUCCUCAGCAACAAUUGCUUUGAACACCUUAUUCGACUCAUCCAGAACAGCAAGCUGUACCUGCAGGCCCGGGCGCCCCCUGAGGGGGACAGUGACCUGGCUACCCGGUUACUGACCGAGCCCGAUGUCCAGAAGGUACUGGACCAGGGCACAGAUGCCAUUGCAGUCCAUGUAAUCAGAGUGCUGACCUGCAUCAUGAGUGGCUCCCCCUCAGCCAAGGAGGUGUUUAAGGAGCGCAUAGGCUACCCGCACCUGCAGGAGGUUCUGCAGAGCCACGGUCCCCCCACCCAUCGGCUGUUACAAGAACUACUCAACAUGGCUGUGGAGGGCGACCACAGCACCCGUCCGCCGCCUCCAAUCCGCAACGAGCAGCCAGUCCUGGUGCUGGUGCGGUGGCUGCCAGCACUGCCCACCGCUGAGCUGCGGCUCUUCCUAGCACAGCGCCUCUGGUGGCUCUGUGACAGCUGCCCUGCCAGCCGUGCCACGUGUGUGCAGGCCGGUCUGGUUGGCUGCCUGUUGGAGACGCUCAGCAUGGGGGUAGCCCUGGGAGCCCGCUGCCAGGAGCAGCUGCUGGCGCUGCUGCAAGCAUUGGGCCACGUGUCGCUAAGGCCCUCGGAGCUGCGGCACUUGCUUCGCCCCCCGCCAGGGCUGGACUCGGGGCCGGGCGGAGAUGAGGCUGGGAACGCCCGACACGCAGGUGCCAUCAUUCGCGCGCUCUCAGGCAUGGCCCGGCACCGGGGCCCGGCACGAGCCCUACGGUACUUUGACCUCACGCCCAGCAUGGCGGGUAUCAUGGUACCCCCUGUGCAGCGAUGGCCUGGACCUGGCUUCACCUUCCACGCCUGGCUCUGUCUGCACUCCGCGGCUGCAGCACCUGCGCCAGCUCCCACCCGGCCGCUUCAGCGAAAGCAACUGUACAGCUUCUUCACCAGCAGUGGCUCAGGGUUUGAAGCCUUCUUCACGGCGGCUGGGACCCUGGUGGUGGCCGUGUGCACCCGGAAGGAGUACUUGACCAUGAGCUUGCCUGAAGUGUCCUUUGCCGACUCUGCCUGGCACUGUGUGGCCAUUGUCCAUGUGCCUGGGCGCCGGCCCUUCAGCCAGAACCUGGUCCAUGUCUACAAAGAUGGCCAUCUGGUCAAGACAGCACCCCUUCGCUGCCCCUCCCUCAGUGAGGCCUCAGCCUCUGGGGUCUGCACUCUUGGGGGUCACUCAGGAACUGGAUGCAGGUGGAACCCCAGGCUCUGCUGUGACCUGACCACUCCCCCAACCCUGGCCCCACAGCCUUUCUCCUCCUGCUGUAUCGGCUCUGCUGGGCACCGCACAACGACCACCACCACGGGGCUGCCUGCGCCACCAGUCCCUGCUGCCCUGGCUCACACUCACCCCUCCCUCACCCGCUCCCAGUCAGUCCCGGCCACCACAGGGCUUGGCUGGGGGUCUGGGCUGGUGGCCCCCCUGCAGGAGGGCAGCAUCAGCUCCACCCUUGCAGGCACACAGGACACUCGGUGGGGCAGCCCCACAUCCCUGGAGGGCGAGCUGGGGGCCGUGGCCAUCUUCCAUGAAGCCCUGCAGGUGGCAGCCCUGCGGGCCCUGUGCACCCUGGGGCCCAAUGAGACAGCACCCUUCAAGCCCGACGGUGAACUGCAUGAGCUUGGCACUAAGCUGCUCCUCCAUUAUUCACCUCAGGCCUGUAAGAACAACAUCUGCCUGGACCUGUCCCCUGGUCAUGGGCUAGAUGGCCGCCUGACGGGCCACAGGGUGGAGACCUGGGACGUGAAGGAUGUGGUGAAUUGUGUGGGAGGCAUGGGUGCCCUGCUGCCCCUGCUGGAGCGAGUGGCUGCACAGCCCCAGGAGGCUGAGGCUGGUCCCGCAGAAACACACGACCUUGUGGGGCCCGAACUGACCUCCAGCCACAACACCCAGGGCCUGCUCCUCCCGCUGGGCAAGUCCUCAGAGGAGCGGAUGGAGAGAAAUGCAGUGGCUGCCUUUCUGCUGAUGCUGCGGAACUUCCUGCAGGGCCAUGCUGUGAACCAGGAGAGCCUGGUGCAGUGCCAGGGGCCUGCCAUCAUUGGAGCCCUCCUGCGCAAGGUCCCCAGCUGGGCCAUGGACAUGAAUGUGCUCAUGUCUGCCCAGCUGCUGAUGGAGCAGGUGGCAGCCGAGGGCAGUGGGCCCCUCCUGUACUUGCUCUACCAGCAUUUGCUCUUCAACUUUCACCUCUGGACCCUCAGCGACUUUGCUGUGCGCCUAGGCCACAUCCAGUACGUGUCUAGCAUAGUCCGUGAGCACAGACAGAAGCUGCGGAAGAAGUAUGGGGUCCAGUUCAUCCUCGAUGCCCUGCGCACCCACUACAGCCCACAGCGGGAGCGCCCCCUAGCGGCUGACGACCUGCGCACGGUGCAGACUUCACUCCUGGGCCUGGCGCGGGAGUUCCUAGUGCGGAGCUCCUCCACUGAUGACCUGCAGGUGGUGCUGAACUUUCUGGCGGCUGCGGGUGACGAUGGCCAGGUGGUGGGUGCGCUGGACCUGCUGCUGGCCCUGCUGCAGGGCUCACCAGCACAGGAGUCUUUGGCUGUCUUUCUGCUGGAGCCGGGGAACCUUGAGGUGCUGCUGGCAUUGCUGGUGCGGCCGAGGUCCAUGCCCCUGCUGCCUGACCGAGUCUGCAAGAUCCUGCGCAGACUGCAGCAGAAUGAGCGCUUACCUGAGCGCAGCCGCCAGCGGCUUCGGCUACGAGAUUAUGGUCUCCAGGGUCUUGUCGCCUGCCUGCCCGAGGGGGCCGUUUCCCUGCAGCUCUGCCAGGGGCUCUACAGGCUGUUCCUGGGGGCAGAUUGCCUGAACCUCUCAGAUCUGUUGGCUGUGGUGCAGCUGUCCCUCCAGGCAGACCUCAGCGUCCGCCUGGACAUUUGUCGCCAGCUCUUCCACCUCAUCUAUGGACAGCCAGACAUAGUGCGGCUGCUGGCCCGACAGGCUGGCUGGCAAGACGUGCUAACCCGGCUGUUUGUCCUGGAAGCUGUCACAGCCAGCAGUCCCCUGCCCUUUUCUCCUGAGCCACCCACCUCCCCGGAGCCAGCCUUACACAAGCCACCCACUGAGUCACCUGAGCCUUCGGACGUCUUCCUGCCCUCAGAGGUCCCCUGCCCUGACCCUGAUGCUUUUUACCAUGCUCUCUCCCCAUUCUGCACACCCUUUGAGCUGGGCCUGGAACGGGCCAGUGUGGGCUCAGGCAACACUGCUGGUGGUGGCAGCGGCAGCGGCAGUGGGACUCUGACGCCAGCCAGCCAGCCUGGCACACCUUCCCCACUGGAUGGGCCCCGGCCCUUCCCUGCCGCCCAUGGUCGCCACAGUUCCAGUCUCUCCAAUGUGCUGGAGGAUGGCAGCCUGCCAGAGCCCACCAUCAGUGGGGAUGACACUUCUAAUACCAGUAACCCUCAGCAAACUUGUGAGGAGGAGCUUUGCAACCUACUCACCAACGUGUUGUUCUCGGUGACUUGGCGGGGCGUGGAUGGCAGUGAUGAGGCUGCCUGGCGGGAGCGCGGCCAGGUCUUCUCUGUGCUCACUCAGCUGGGGGCCUCAGCCACGCUUGUGCGCCCACCAGACUGCAUCAAGCGUAGCCUCCUGGAGAUGAUGCUGGAAUCAGCCCUGACUGACAUCAGAGAGGCCUCACUUGGGGUCCUGGCUAGCCUCACCCAGCAUGCGCUUUGGCUGCUGCGCCUGCUGCAGGACUUUCUGUGCGCGGAGGGCCACGGUAACCAGGAGCUGUGGAGUGAGAAGCUCUUUGAAGGUGUGUGCAGCCUGCUUGAUCGCCUGGGAGCUUGGCCACACCUGGCCAAUGGCACCGCGGAUCUCCGAGAGAUGGCACAGAUUGGCCUGCGCCUCGUGCUUGGCUACAUCCUGCUGGAGGACCCACAGCUGCACGCCCAGGCCUAUGUGAAACUGCACGCGCUGCUGCAGACCGCAGUGCCCAUGCGCCGGGAGGAGGCCUGCUACGUCCUCUCCAAGCUGGAGGCGGCUCUGGCACGGGCGCUUAACACCCCACCCUCAGGGACUCCCCCUGGGGACCAGGAGCGCCCUGCUGCAGCCACCGCUGCGGAGCGAUGCUCAUGGCUGGUGCCGCUGGUGCGCACGCUGCUGGACCGUGCCUACGGGCCCUUGGGGCUGCAGUGGGGGCUGCCUUCCCUGCCGCCCACCAAUGGCAGCCCUACCUUCUUCGAGGACUUCCAGGCCUUUUGUGCCACCCCCGAAUGGCGUCAUUUCAUCGACAAGCAGGUGCAGCCCACCAUGUCGCAGUUCGAAAUGGACACCUAUGCUAAGAGCCAUGACCUCAUGUCGGGCUUCUGGAACACCUGCUACGACAUGCUCAUGAGCAGUGGGCAGCGUCGCCAGCGGGAACGGGCGCACAGCCGUCGGGCCUUCCAGGAGCUGGUGCUGGAACCUGCGCAGCGGCGGGCGCGCCUGGAGGGGCUGCGCUAUGCAGCGGCGCUAAAACAACAGGCAACGCAGCACUCUACCGCCCUGCUCCACUGGGGGGCGCUGUGGCGUCAGCUCUCCAGCCCCUGCGGGGCCUGGGCCCUGAGGGACCCUCCCACCCCCCGCUGGAAGCUGUCCAGUGCCGAGACAUAUUCGCGCAUGCGUCUGAAGCUGGUGCCCAACCACAACUUCAACCCUCACCAGGAAGCCAGCGCCUUACGCGACAACCUGGGUGAGGCUCCUCUGACACCCACCGAGGAGGCCUCGCUGCCUCUAGCAGUGACCAAAGAGGCCAAAGUCAGCACCCUACCCGAGGAGCUGCAGGAAGACCAGCUGGGCGAGGAUGAUCUGGCUGCACUGGAGAUGGCGUUGGAGGCAGCAGAACUGGACGAGCAGCAUGAGAAGCUGGUGCUGUCAGCUGAGUGCCAACUGGUCACGGUGGUAGCUGUGGUCCCAGGGCUGCUGGAGGUCACCACACAGCACGUGUAUUUCUAUGACGGCAGCACUGAGCGUGUCGAAACUGAGGAAGGCAUUGGCCAUGACUUCCGGCGCCCACUGGCCCAGCUGCGCGAGGUCCACCUACGGCGUUUCAACCUGCGCCGCUCAGCACUUGAGCUCUUCUUUAUUGAUCAGGCCAACUACUUCCUCAACUUCCCGUGCAAGGUGGGCGGGGCCGCAGCCUCAUCUCCUUUCCAGGCCCCCAGGCCCCAGCCCUGCCCCAUCCCGCCCCACACCCAGGUACGGAACCAGGUGUACUCGUUGCUCCUGCGCCUACGACCCCCUACCCAAGGCUACCUGAGCAGCCGCUCCCCCCAGGAGAUGCUGCGCGCCUCAGGCCUUACCCAGAAAUGGGUACAGCGUGAGAUCUCCAACUUCGAGUACUUGAUGCAACUCAACACCAUCGCGGGGCGGACCUACAAUGACUUAUCUCAGUACCCUGUGUUCCCCUGGGUCCUACAGGACUACGUGUCCCCAGCCUUGGACCUCAGCAACCCAGCCGUCUUCCGGGACCUGUCCAAACCCAUCGGUGUGGUGAACCCCAAGCACGCCCAGCUCGUGAGGGAGAAGUAUGAGAGCUUCGAGGACCCAGCAGGCACCAUUGACAAGUUCCACUAUGGCACCCACUAUUCCAACGCAGCGGGCGUGAUGCACUACCUCAUCCGUGUGGAACCCUUCACCUCCCUGCACGUCCAGCUGCAGAGUGGCCGCUUUGACUGCUCUGACCGGCAGUUCCAUUCGGUGGCGGCAGCCUGGCAGGCCCGCCUGGAGAGUCCAGCCGACGUGAAGGAGCUCAUCCCAGAGUUUUUCUACUUUCCGGACUUCCUAGAGAACCAGAACGGCUUUGACCUGGGCUGCCUCCAGCUGACCAACGAGAAGGUGGGAGACGUGGUGCUGCCCCCGUGGGCCAGCUCUCCUGAGGACUUCAUCCAGCAGCACCGCCGGGCUCUGGAAUCAGAGUAUGUGUCUGCCCACCUGCACCAGUGGAUCGACCUCAUCUUCGGCUACAAGCAGCGGGGUCCAGCCGCGGAAGAGGCCCUCAACGUCUUCUAUUACUGCACCUAUGAGGGGGCUGUGGACCUAGACCAAGUAGCAGAUGAGCGGGAGCGGAAGGCUCUGGAGGGCAUUAUCAGCAACUUUGGGCAGACUCCCUGUCAGCUGCUGAAGGAGCCACAUCCAGCACGGCUCUCAGCUGAGGAAGCAGCCCAACGCUUUGCACGUCUGGACACUAACUCACCUAGCAUCUUCCAGCACCUGGACGAGCUCAAGGCCUUUUUUGCAGAGGUCAUCAGCGAGGGCGUGCCCCUCGUACUGGCUCUGGUUCCCCACCGGCAGCCCCACUCCUUCAUCACCCAGGGCUCCCCAGACCUGUUGGUCACUGUGAGUGCCAGUGGGCUGCUGGGCAUCCACAGCUGGCUGCCCUAUGACCGCAACAUAAGCAACUACUUCAGCUUCAGCAAAGACCCCACCAUGGGCAACCCCAAGACGCAGCGACUGCUGAGCGGCCCGUGGGUGCCAGGCAGUGGCGUAAGUGGGCAAGCUCUGGCGGUGGCCCCCGACGGGAAGCUGCUGUUCAGUGGUGGCCAUUGGGACUGCAGCCUGCGAGUGACUGCGCUACCCCGGGGCAAGCUGCUGAACCAGCUCAGCCGCCACCUUGAUGUAGUAACCUGCCUUGCACUGGACUCCUGUGGCAUCUACCUCAUCUCAGGCUCCCGGGACACCACGUGCAUGGUGUGGCGGCUCCUGCAACAGGGUGGUCUCUCAGUGGGGCUGGCAUCAAAGCCUGUGCAGAUCCUAUAUGGGCACGAGGCUGCAGUGAGCUGUGUGGCCAUCAGCACUGAACUCGACAUGGCGGUCUCUGGAUCUGAGGAUGGUACUGUGAUCAUCCAUACUGUACGCCGUGGCCAGUUUGUAGCAGCACUAAGGCCCCCUGGGGCCACAUUGCCUGGACCUGUGUCCUACCUGGCGCUGGGGUCAGAGGGCCAGAUUGUGGUGCAGAGCUCAGCGCGGGAGCGUCUGGGGGCUCAGGUCACCUACUCCUUGCACCUGUACUCGGUGAAUGGGAGGCUGAGAGCUUCACUGCCCCUGGUGGAGCAGCCCACAGCCCUUGCGGUGACGGAGGACUUUGUUCUGCUGGGCACGGCCCAGUGUGCCCUACACAUCUUCCACUUGAACAAACUGCUGCCAGCCACGCCUCCCCUGCCCAUGAAGGUGCCCAUCCGCAGCGUUGCUGUGACCAAGGAGCACAGCCAUGUGCUCGUGGGCUUGGAGGACGGCAAGCUUAUCGUGGUGGGCGCAGGGCAGCCCUCUGAGGUGCGCAGUAGCCAGUUCGCGCGGAAGCUGUGGCGGUCCUCAAGGCGCAUCUCCCAGGUGUCCUCCGGGGAGACAGAGUACAACCCUGGAGAGGCCCGCUGACAGCCCUGCGCCCCACUGCGCAGCUCCGCCCCCAGCAGUUUCCGCCUCCGAGGCCCCGCCCAGGAGUCCACAGGAGGAGGCGACACCCAGCCUCAGGGGGUGGGCAGGGCCCCCACCUCCGCCCAGCUCAGGGAUUGGCGGGCGGUGUCACUCCAGGAAGUCUGGCCCCUCGCCGGCAGAGGGGCCGCCCAGAGUCCCAGCACUGGCCUCAGCGGCCGCAAGCAUUUUUGCACAAUCUGAGGAGGGGGAUCCAGGCUCCCAGGGCCCCGUCCCGCCGUAGCACAGGGGCCGGGCUGUGGCCUUAAUCCUAAGGGCGCACUCCCCACCCCCGUUCUCCCAUCUCAGCAAUAAACCUGGACUAGUUUUGUAGCUGUUCCGCCUCCGAGCAUGCGUGCGCGCGUUGCGUCUCAGCCUGCCCUGGGCUCAAGUCCCAAGGAGACUUGUCACCUCCGCUCGGCGCCGCCCGCGGUUUCUCAUGUGAGGCUUCGGACUCACUUCUGCGCAUGUACACGUUCCUGAGCCGGGCGGGGCAAGACCGCGAGCGGCCCCGCCCUCCAGUGCCGCCCCGCCCUUCGGUGUCCAGCCCCCUUCACUUCCCAGCUCUCCUCCCCACUCUCGGGGGUGCGGGGGGGGCAGAACCUGGCCUACCCAGGAACUCCACUCUGGCCUCCUCCCCGGCCCGAGGCUCGGAGGCCCCGUUCUGUGAGGUUGGGCGUAUCCUGGGACCUGCGGAGGGUCGGCUGCUGCAGGUCAGGAGCGGAUUGGGGACGGAGUCCUGGGUCUUCCUGGAUGGAGGCGCUGAAGGCUGCCUCCAGGCCCCACACUUGCAGACCAGAGGUCCUGCGGAUGUUGUCCGUUAUGGUGCUGACGUCUGGGUUAGGAUGCGUGUGGGAAGCCAGGGCAGUGUGGGUGUGCGGUGUUGCUGUGUGUGCGUCUUUUGUGGACCUGGAGACGGGUGUGUGUGGUAGAGGCUCCAAUCCCGCAGCUCAUGUGUGUUGGGGGGGUGGUCAGGUACACACACAACGCCUGGCUCUUUGCAAGCGCUAUACACUGGCUAAUCCGCCAACCAGGAUCCAGAAAGGGCCGCUUAUGUGGUAAGUAACGCGAAUGUACACAUCGUUCACACGGCAAGAGUCGCCACAGAAUCUGUGCCAGACUCACUCGCCGACACUGGACUUUGCCACACACGUGGGCCCGUGCCUUUCCCCAGGGAAGUGAGUUUGGAAUGCUUGGGGUGGACCAGGCCAGAUGUGGAGUGGUGGAUGUCGGGGAGUUGAAGGGCCUUCCCCCAGGUCUCUUCUCCAUCCUUUUCCCCCUCCUCAGCCCAGACCAGGGUCUCCUCCCCAGGCCUCAGGACGCAUCCUGAGGACCUGCAGUCGCAGCAGUAUCAGGUAUCAGCCUACAUGUAGAGAUAGUUCCUGGGAUUGAGUGGUCCUCUUCUUCAGGUUUCUGGCCUCCAGACCCUCUCCAAAUUCCCAGAGAAAGGACCAGGAGUCCUCUGGGUCCACAUGCCCUCUACCUUUGCUGAGCCCAUCAGAGUACCCUCCCAUCCAGCCUCUGAGCAGGAGGUGAGGGCUGGACACUGACCCUGGAGACAGGAAUGGGAACAUAGUCACUCCAGGAACUGUGCUGGUACUGGGAACUCUGGGGAGCUUCCUACUAGCCACUUAAGUCUCCACCUGGCUCUGGCUGAGAAUGGGGAUGGGAGUCUCCCUGGUUCUCCUAUUGCCAUCCCUGGACUCAGACCAGGGGUUUGCCGAGGUCUCUUAAGACAGGGGGGUUUCCAGUGUGCCCUUUUCCAUGCUGAGCUGCACCCUGGCCUCCUCCAGCUGCGGCCAGCUCUAUCACCUCCACCCCAUUUGACCCUGGAGGAAACUGGUCCCGAUUGGUGAGUGGGGACAUGGAGGGUACCCAGCCCUGGAGUGAAUCAGGAUGAAGUGAACCAGGAAAGUGGGACAGACUACCCUAAGGGAUUCCAGACUUUAAGCCUGAGGAAUUCCCCCCAUGUCCCUAUACACAGCCCCUUCUGAACGCAUAAGUCUCCCAGGUCCUUUGCCUGGGCGCUGCCCAUGACACUUUAACUCCUUCUCUAAGAGAUGCAGCCCCUGGGAGCACUACUAGCUGGCAGAACCAUGCUUCACAACUCCAGCCACAGGGAAGGCAUGGUCCAUGUGGAUAAGACCUGGAGGGAACACGACAGGGACAGGGAAGGGGUGUGGGUAGGGGCAGGGGGAGCCCUGGCCCCAGGCACCUCCUCUCCAUUCCCCCCUGAGCCUCCAGGGGCCUCGGGCAGCAUCAUCCCUGUCUACUGUUCCCUCCUGGCCACUGUAGUCCUCGGUCUGCUCGCUUAUGUGGCCUUCAAGUGCUGGCGCUCACACAGAGACAGCAACUGGCCAAAGCUCGGACUGCAGAGCUGGGGGCUUUCAACAGGGAUCAGAUGCAUGGGGAUAGCACUGUCUUCCAGGACUCUCCAUGUGGUCUGGAGCCCUGUGCUCCCAGCCAGGGGCCACAUCCUGAGCUUGGCUGCCGGCUUUACCUCCAUCUCCCUCGGCAGCAGCAGGAGGAAGUGGAGCAGCUCCUGGAGGCAUCUGGUGAAUCUGACAAAGGCUGGCAGGGCCUGGCAAGCCGCCUGGGCUACCGGUCUGAGGCUGUGGAGACCAUGGCCCAGAGCCAGGUGCCAGCCUACACCCUGCUGAGAGACUGGGCUUUCCAAGAGGGCAGCAGUGCCACCCUCAGGGUGCUAGCAGACACCCUGGCUUCCAUGGGCCAUGAAGAUGUGGUCCGGGUCCUGGGCCCCUUUGCUGAGGGCUGCUCUGUGGUGUAAGUGAUGCUUCUACAGCCUGGCCUCUCGCAGAACCUGCUCUGGUGCUCCCCACCACCCUCAUCUCAUACACCUUCCCUUUCACGGGCUUCCUGGCAUUGGUGACCUCAGCCUGCUCUGUGCAAGGGGGGCACAGAUGAUCCAGCCACCAUUCACCUCCCCUCACCCUACCCUCCUCCAGGAAGGUUGGUGGUAAGGAAUGGUCCUGUCCCCCUCCCCUUACUUAGCCUCAACUGUUGCUUUCUACUUUUGUAUCCCAUAUUAAAGGCAACUUUGGACUAUUGUCCUGGCA